AUUGCCGGUUUACGUGAUGACGUCGGAUGUAUAUGAGCGCAGGCGGCGGGAUCUCUCUCCCUUUUACCGCCAUCGGAGCGGAGUCUCUUUCUUCCUCGAGACCGCUUCACUGCGUAGCGCCGCUAACCAAACCAGCCUCCGGCUAGACAGCGAAGCAUCUCUUGAGACUCGGUUAAGAUGGCAGACAUUGACAACAAAGAUCAGGCUGAGAUGGACCCAGCAGAUAUGGAGGAUGUUGAGGAAGUGGAAGAGGAGGAGACAGGAGAAGACGAAAACAGCAAAGCUCGUCAGCUGACUGUCCAGAUGAUGCAGAAUCCACAGAUCCUGGCUGCGCUGCAGGAGAGGCUGGAUGGUUUGAAUGGCUCACCAUCAGGGUACAUGGAGAGUUUACCAAAGGUCGUAAAGAGACGUGUCAAUGCUCUGAAGAACCUGCAGGUCAAAUGCGCCCACAUUGAAGCGAAGUUCUACGAGGAAGUACAUGAGCUGGAAAGAAAGUAUGCUGCCCUCUACCAGCCCCUCUUCGACAAAAGAAGUGACAUAGUGAAAGCAGCUUAUGAACCCACAGAUGAGGAAUGUGAAUGGAAAGCGGAUGAAGAGGAAGAGCUGACAGAUGAGAUGAAGGAGAAGGCCAAGUUGGAGGAAGAGAAGAAGGAUGAGGAAAAAGAAGACCCCAAAGGCAUUCCUGAAUUCUGGUUAACAGUUUUCAAAAAUGUGGACCUGCUCAGUGACAUGCUGCAGGAACAUGAUGAACCCAUCCUUAAGCAUUUACAAGACAUUAAAGUUAAAUUCUCAGAUCCAGGACAGCCAAUGAGCUUCACAUUAGAGUUCCACUUCGAGCCAAACGACUUCUUCACAAACACAAUGUUGACAAAAACCUACAAGAUGAGGUCAGAGCCUGAUGAGAACGACCCCUUCUCCUUCGAUGGGCCAGAGAUUAUGAGCUGCACAGGCUGCACGAUUGACUGGACAAAGGGCAAGAACGUCACAUUGAAAACAAUCAAAAAGAAACAAAAGCACAAGGGCCGUGGCACGGUCAGGACGGUCACCAAAACGGUCCCCAACGACUCCUUUUUCAACUUCUUCACCCCACCAGAGGUCCCAGAAAAUGGCGAGUUGGAUGAGGAUUCGGAAGCCAUUCUGGCUGCUGACUUUGAAAUUGGCCACUUCAUCCGUGAACGUAUCGUACCUCGAGCGGUGCUCUAUUUCACAGGAGAGGCCAUAGAGGAUGAUGACGAUGAUUAUGAUGAAGAGGGAGAGGAGGCAGAUGAUGAGGAAGGUGAAGAGGAGGCUGACGAGGAGAACGACCCCGACUAUGAUCCCAAGGUUUAAGUGGUGACUGUAGAAAAAAAUAACCCUAUCCUGAAGGAUGCAGCCCCCCCAGCUGAGUGCAAGCAGCAGUGAAGCCUGACCCGGCUGCCUCGAGGAUCAACUGCACUGUAACAGCUUCUCAAAAGAAGAAAUAUAUAAACAAAAAUAAAAAAAAAAAUAGUUACUUACCGCCUUAUAAUGUUUUGUAUUUUUCUUGGUAGAGAACUUGGAGAAAAAAAGGUUUCAAGAUUUUUGUUACAAAAACUCAUGGUAAUAUACUGGGAGCAGUGUGGCUCGAUAUACAUAGUAUUUUACUAGACCUGUUUCCUCCUCUUCCUUCUCUGUACAAUAGUUAGACUGCAGGAAGAUAACCUCCCUCAAAAAGCAUGAACUUGUUUCUUCACUGCUAAACUAGUUUGGGUUCUUGUGAAGUCUUUUGUUGUAUUUGCUCUUAGACAACAGCUGUGGUUUAGACUGGCAUUGCGGCGACACCAAUCUAUAUAUCCACUCCUCCCAGCUAAAUUCCAGGUUGUCCCGGUGAUUUAUUUUAGCUUUUGUUUUCUAAACUCUUAGCGGGGACUUGAGCACGUAAAAGAGAACACACAAAGCACUGUAGCAUUUCCAGACAGGACGGAUGUGUUACCUGCACCUGAGUGUCCAUUCCAGUUUAUUCUGUGGGAUCCACAGUUGCCACCCCUUCACCCGACACCCCCCCCACCCCACAAUUUCUUUGGGAAUUCCUGUGCCACCUGUGCUCAACUGCUUUCUGCUUAAACAUUCCAGUAAACAGACUGGCUGGCCCCAUUAGUGAACCUCUCUUAAAGAGUCUGCCAUUCUUCCACCGGACGGACUGUUAAAAAUUAUAUAAAAACUGACGUUUGCAGUGACUCCUUUGCUCCUAUGGCUCUGAACAGCCGACUCUCUCGAACAUUCCUUAUCUUAAGAAAUCUCUGGAACUGGUGAGACAGUUUGUUAGGAUGGCCUAGUUUGGGGACACAUAGCCCUGAUAACCUCACGCUUCAGGCUCCUCGAAGGCUCGCAGUAGUGUGGCUAUCGUCUUUUUCUAUAGCACUUUGUUACUUGUGUGUGGUGUACCAGUGGUGUCCUGUCAUCAGUUAACUGUCCAAGUAUUCAAUGUGAGCAGCCCUUUGACUCCUCCCACCCCACACCUGAGGGGAUGCGGGAGGGGGUGCUGCUGUAACCCCGCUCUGUGGAGUUCAAGUUGUGCUAUUUGGUUUAAAGUGCAUUACCGUUGUUGUCGGGGAAGGCACACUAGUCCCGUUCAGGGAAGCUUUAUAGGAACAGUGUUGGGCAGAUGUAGCACAGUGGAUGACGAGGGGAGGGGGUGGAGUGUCAAGAUCGGGCUCACACCUCACUUUUUUCCUCUUCGGUUUGUUUACCCCCUCAUGUAACCAAUUCAUGUCUCAUGUGAACCUGAUCCCAGUAGCUGAGGUCAUGGUUCAUUUUUAUCACUGUGAAAGAAAUGGGGAAGCGUGAUAAGGCCAUUGUGUUGGCUCAUGACCCACCACCCUGCCCACCCAAACCUGCUUCCUUUGUUACACAGAAUGCCUUGGAAAAGGUUGUCGGAGCAAUACUUAAAGCCAGGAGAGGAACCGAAAUGAAACCGUAGCCUUGCUCCCUCCCAGUCCUUUAGCGUCCCCCCUCCCCCAUUUCUCUCCUCUCCGCUCGGUUGUGAGAACAGCCACGUGUUGGUUCUCACUGGGGCAUCAUGUCCACUGUGGAGAUCCAGGGUACUUGGCAUUCUGCAGGGAGUAUCCAGAUCAUGUUCAUUGGAAAUGGACCUGACUGGAUUUCUGUGGGGGCGUCCUUCUGAGCAGCUGUUGUCAAGGCAAAAUGCUAUGCUACAAAAUACUAAUGUACUCAAUAACUGUACGUGUAUGUUCAUGAAUAAAUUGGUUAAACAUGUA